GUCUCUGAGUCACAUGGUGAUUUUUGCUUCUCUCAUGCUGCUUGGCACGCUGCCUAAAAGGGAUUUUAUUUUUCAUGUUUCUUGAGGUCGUAUCAACUUCCAACCUCCCGCAGGUUGUCUCGUGACCACAUGAUUGCUCUUUAGAUACCUGGCGAGGUGAACAUUAAAGUGAAAACAGCUGUAAACCCAUGUGAAAACCCCUGGGCUGGUAGGCUACUCACUCACUGCUCCAGACAGUAGAGUUGCUCAGACAACUCCUUGCCUGAAACAAGGGACAUUCAAUGCCAAGCAGAGAUCAGAUGGCAGGGAUUGGGGAACCUGGGGACAUGGAGGAGGUGAAUGAAGCUCAGGGUCUAGAGGGGGACAGAUCCUCCCUCAAAUCCACCAUGGAGAGGAACGUGAAGACACAACCUGACGGCCCGGUGAAGGAGAAGAAACUGGGGAUGAUGAAGCAAUUCAGGGAGAGCAUCAAGCGGGUUGGAGAGAGGAGUCCUCUGGCCUCAAACAGCCAAGAGUCAAGGGACAAAUCCAAUUCAGAACAGGGGGGACAUGGUAUUGACCCUGAAGUGACCUCACCAACCCAUCAGCUGCCACCCCCUCCCUCACCAUGUUUGAGUGCUGGGUCUCCUAUGGCCUCUCCCCUGAAGGGUCUAGGUGGGUCCUUCCAGAGGAAGGAGGGAGGAGAGAGUGCAGAAGAUUCAUUCCAGAAAAAGCACACCAGAACACGCUCAGACCCAUCGGCAAUUGGGGACUCUCUUCUAAAGAAGGGGGCUUCCAUUCGACGGAGUUUGCGACUUGUGGGGAAUAAGAAGGACAAGGCCCUCAAACAGGAGCAGCUCCAGCCUGUCACUGAGAUCACUGUGGAUGAGAAGAGAGAGAAGGAGAGGGUAGAGAUAAAAGAGUCAUACAUACUCCCAGAGAUACCCCUCACACCCCUCUCAGUGAUGCAGAUCAAUAAGCUGAUUGGGAUGGAGGUGCUGGAGGAGGCCUAUCUGAACCUCCUCUCCCUGUGCCAGGAGUUCCAGCAGGAGAGGGAGGAGUGCACGGAGGAGGCCUCCCCUAUGGAGCUGGCCAAGAAGGAGAAGGACCUGAGGCUCCUUUACAAUGCCCUGCUGGACAAGGUGAAGGAAAUAGUGCGGGACUCCAACUCCUUUCCCUCUCGCAACAAGGAUCUCUUGAUGCAUGUGGCCCAUGUCAUCCAGGAAGAGGAGAAGAGGGAGGCAGAGCCUGGGUUCGUGGGCAUGGUUGGGCCUGGGGGUUGGCGAGGGGCCUGGAGAGAGGCUGUGAGCGAGGGUGUACAGGCCACACUGAAGAGUGUUCACUUGGACAGGCCCGAGCAGAAUGCCUCCUGGCUGGCUAUCCACCUGGGUAUGCUGGGCAAGGCCAUCGUGGAGGACUUGAAGAAGGUGAAGGGAGAGCUGCAAGGCUCUUACCCACCCAGCUUCAAUGUGUUCAGCACCUAUGUGAGCUGUUACCAUGGUGCUGUCAGCCAGCAUCUGAAGAGGCUUCAGCAGCAGGUGACAGAUCUGAAGGACUACUACACCCUGCUGGACUGGAUCAUCAAUCACUAUGAGAGUGAGAAGGUAAUGAGUAGUCCUUCAUUGAGACCAGAGAUGGAAGCUGAGAACAUAGGCCUUUCACUGGAGGAGGGCUUCCUGGACCAGCUCAAGGGGAAAUACUGCAUGCGGGCAAAGGAGGACAUGAGAGCUUCACUGGAUAAAAUAUUAGAGAUUGAAAAUGAGGACAUGUGGAUAAAGAAACAGGCACCAGAGACUGACGAUGAACACUUCUUUAAAUCUGACAUACACAUGGAUAUCUGGACGAAAGUUAAGAGCAAUGCUGUAAACUCCAAGAGGAUUGAUGCAGACCUGGAGAUGAGAGUAGUCUGUUCCUGCCUAGAAGAGUUACAGCAGUUUCCCAAGCGAUUUGAGAACGAAUUUAGGUACUGCUGUAACAGUAUGGAAAACCCUUCACUUUGGGCUGACUAUCAGAUAACCUACAUCAACAGCUUUAAAGCUCUUAAGGAGCACAUGGAGGGUUACAGAGAGAGCUGCCCGACACAGGUGGACCAUCUCAGCAGAGAGGUGGAUGGCUUGGUCCAUAGACUGGUCCAGGGCCUGGAGGACCAGUUUAAGAAUGAUGUCAGGCCUUACCUCAGGAGAAUGAUGACGAGGAAGUGGCUCUCCACAGAUGAGGACUUUCAACAGCUGUUGAGCAGGACAGAGAAGCUGUCCCAGCGCUGUUCACAAAUGAGACAUCCAUAUGUACAGAUGUUUGUGAGCAGCUUGCACUACUAUGUGGUGAAAGAGUAUGUCUCCCAGCUGAUGAAAAACAACUACUCCUGUAAGAACAGGAAGCAUGACAAAGCAGCCACCAAGAUGAGGGUGCAGUGGGAUGAACUCAAUGAUUUGUUUGAGGAAAUGAAGACAACACAUGACUGGCUCCACCCAGUAGGAGACCACCUGAGUAACAUAAUUGGGGAAAAGAACAAGAGAGACAUAAAGAACCACCUGAAACAUUUAGUAGCGGACUACCCAGACAUCAGUAAGAAGCACCUAUCGUCCGUGCUGUACUUCAGGGGCUUGGUGCGGGGCAGGGAGAAGCGGGUAAUCCUGCAGUGUCUCACUGAGCUGAAGAAGAAACUAGGAACUGCAGGGAACACUGGAGAUAAAAAAAGAGGCCUCUUCAUUGAUAUGCAGGUCACCAUCACCAAUACAAACUGUCUGGCUGACAUGCCUUUCUCCUGCCUCUCCUCUCUCCUCCCAGACAGCUAAUCUACAGGCCUAGAUACAAGAGCCUACCACAGAGAUGGUAACCUAACCAAGCUGUCUGAGAAGGCCUGAGGAGGCUUAUAAAGAACAUACUGUAGGAUUACCAGUAUGAUCACUACGCAAAAGCAAACCUAGUCUAAUGAUUAUUUAAAUGUGAAUGGACCUUUACAUGGUAAAUCUUGUUCAUGCAGUCAGAGGUUAUUUAAGACACCUCAUUGAUUAAGCCUUCUUUUUUUAUAUAUUGUCACUUUAGCCCACUGUUGUUGCAAAAGAAAGCUGAGAACAUAAUUAAUAAUGGACCUGAUGCUAAAUGAACUCCAUGGUAGGGCUCAAACUGUAUGUUCAGUGUUGAAUGAACUUUACCAUUGAUUUACCUAUUUUUAAGCUAUUCAAAUGUGUCGCUGCAGUGCACAUAUUACAUGUCAACAUAGAAAAGACUCCCUUAGAAAGUCCCACUGUCCUGUUGUUUUGUGGUCAAAACAAGGUUUCAAAAUAUCUGAUAAUGUCAUUUAACCACAAACAAAUACACGAAUACAAGUUUCUCCCGUUGUUAGGGAAGUGAGAGUUUUUGUUCCCCUCUAAUACUUUUUGGCCACAUUGACAGGGCAGCAUGCAACACAAAGGUUUGUACUCGUGUGUCUGCUGUCUAGUAUGAGUAUAGAUGAAGUCCAUCACAAUAAAUUCAUCCAACAUCAACUGCAGGGAUGGGGAACUGGCGGCCCGCAGCCCGCUUUUUGUAGAAUACAUUUUCAACAACAAAAAAUAUACAAUACCAGUCAAAAGUUUGGACACACCUAAUCAUUCAAGGGUUUUUCUUUAUUUUUACUAUUUUCUACAAUGUAGAAUAAUAGCAAAGACAUCAAAACUUUGAAAUAACACAUGGAAUCAUGUAGUAAUCAAAAAAGUGUUAACAAAUCUAAACAUAUUUUAGAUUCUUCAAAGUAGCCACCCUUUGCCUUGAUGACAGCUUUGCACACAAUUGUUUACAGAGAGAUUAUUUCACUAAUAAUUCACUGUAUCACAAUUCCAGUGGGUCAGAAGUUUACAUACACUACGUUGACUGUGCCUUUAAACAGCUUGGAAAAUUCCAGAAAAUGAUGUCAUGGCUUUAGAAGCUUCUGGUAGGCUAAUUUACAUCAUUUGAAGUCAAUUGGAGGUGUACCUGUGGAUGUAUUUCAAGGCCUACCUUCAAACUCAGUGCCUCUUUGCUUGACAUCAUGGGAAAAUCAAAAGAAAUCAGCCAAGACCUGACAAGUCUGGUUCAUCCUUGGGAGCAAUCUCCAAACACCUGAAGGUACCACGUUCAUCUGUACAAACAAUAGUACGCAAGUAUAAACACCAUGGGACCACGCAGCCGUCAUACCGCUCAGGGAGGAGACGUGUUCUGUCUCCUAGAGAUGAAUGUACUUUGGUGCGAAAAGUGCAAAUCAAUCCCAGAACAACAGCAAAGGACCUUGUGAAGAUGUUGGAGGAAGCGGGUACAAAAUGAUCUAUAUCCACAGUAAAACAAGUCCUAUAUCGACAUAACCUGAAAGGCUGCUCAGCAAGGAAGAAGCCAAUGCUCCAAAACCGCCAUAAAAAAAGCCAGACUACUGUUUGCAACUGCACAUGGGAACAAAGAUCGUACUUUUUGGAGAAAUGUCCUCUGGUCUGAUGAAACAAAAAUAGAACUGUUUGGCUAUAAUGACCAUCGUUAUGUUUGGAGGAAAAAGGGGGAGGCUUGCAAGCCGAAGAACAUCAUCCCAACGGUGAAGCACGGGGAUGGCAGCAUCAUGUUGUGGGGGUGCUUUGCUGCAGGAGGGACUGGUGCACUUCACAAAAUAGAUGGCAUCAUGAGGGAAGAAAAUGACGUGGAUAUAUUGAAGCAACAUCUCAAGACAUCAGUCAGGAAGUUAAAGCUUGGUCGCAAAUGGGUCUUCCAAAUGGACAAUGACCCCAAGCAUACUUCCAAAGUUGUGGCAAAAUGGCUUAAGGACAACAAAGUCAAGAUAUUGGAGUGGCCGUCACAAAGCCCUGACCUCAAUCCUAUAUAAAAAUUUGUGGGCAGAACUGAAAAAGGGUGUGUGAGCAAGGAGGCCUACAAACCUGACUCAGUUACACCAGCUCUGUAGCUUGUGGAAGGCUACCCGAAACGAUUGACCCAAGUUAAACAAACAAUUUAAAGUCAAUGCUACCAAGUACUAAUUGGGCGUAUGCAAACUUCUGACCCACUGGGAAUGUGAUGAAAGAAAUAAAAGUUGAAAUAAAUCAUUCUCUCAGCUAUUAUUCUGACAUUUCACAUUCCUAAAAUAAAGUGGUGAUCCUAACUGACCUAAUACCGGGAAUUAUUACUAGGAUUAAAUGUCAGGAAUUGUGAAAAACUGAGUUUAAAUGUAUUUGGCUAAGGUGUAUGUAAACUUCCGACUUCAACUGUAAUUGGGAAGUCAGUUGGGGCUUUUGAGAAGAGAAUUUCCAAUCCCAAUGAUAAUAACAAUCAAUCAAUCAAUAGCUCUGACCAAUUCCCGAGGUUUGUAAGACCAUGAGUAUAAUAAUAAUUAGUCAAAGACUCAGCUUAUACAAAAGGUUAGUACAGUUUAUUCAGAGAACGUUCUAAAGUCAAGAAUACAAAACAAUUCAUUUUAUACUGACUUCUCACGCCCACACAUUCACAGAACCAUACACACACCCAUACAGACGCACCCACAUACAUACACACAAACAGAUGCACACACAUGUCCUGCUACCCAGUCGACAGAGAUUAGUGACCUUGUCCUUGACCCGUACUCCCUGUUCUCUCCCAAAUCUCUAGUCAGGUCGGCACCAAGCUCAGACAGUCUGUGUUUAUAAUACCAUACAGACAUAUUGUCUUUACCCUAAUUCUGACUAGGACUACACAUUUAUUGAUUAUGAUUUAUACAUUCUAAUCACUUUCAUACAAUUAUAUGUUUCAGGGCGGAAUAUUCUAAUUCAAUUAACAAAUCAUUCUCACCGAACACUUUUUCGGGUGUAAAAUAUGGGUUUUGAAAUAUCAGAUCUGAGAUUUGCACUAACCAAAUGCAGUAUUUUGGUUAGGGAAGUGAGAGUUUUUGUUCCCCUCUGAUUAACGAUAAUGUUGGCCACUUUUACAGGGCAACAUGCAACACAAAGGUUUGUACUCAUCUGUCUGCUCUUAACUUUGAGUCAAUCACAAUAAAUCCAUUCAACAUCUA